AUGGCCGACACCGCACCGGCUCAAGCCGCACCCGCGACCGGAGCUGCGCCCGCACCCAGCGCAACAGCAGGGGCCUCGAAUGCGCCUGCUGAUCAAAAUGCCGCGAGUCGCGGGCUACCAUAUUACGAGAAACUGCGACGCGAGCUGAGAGACACACUACAGAAAAAACGCUUAAUGGACAAGAGCAUGUCCCAACUUGAAGAUCAAAUCUUCCGCUUUGAACAAUCAUACCUGGAAGAAACCACGGCCGGAAACAUCAUCAAGGGCUUCGACAACUACAUCAAAGGCUCAGCAAGCGGGUCGAGCCUCGGAGCCUCCGGGCUGGGACUGGGCGGCGGCGUCGCAGGGUCAAGGCGAAAGGCGGCAGUCACGGAAUCGGAUCGAGUUUUCUCGCGGAGCUCAGCGAGCUACAUGAUGGACUCUCCUGGUCCCUCAUCCGCACAAACGACACCAUCACAUGCAGCCACGCCGAUAUCCACGCCUGGUGGAAAUAUGUCGAUGAAGGGUGCGAUCGAUCCGAUGUCUGCAUCUAUUUCUGGCAAUGGAAUGAGGAGUUCGAACGGGUCGUCCAAGAACAAGAAGAAAGCAGGCGGCGGGUCGAAGAAUACGAAGGGCAAGAACACAGAAGAGCUUUCUGAUGAAGACAAACCUUCUGUGAAGCGGUUGAAGAUUAGUUACGGAAGAGAUUGA